AUGAUUAGUACGAGAUAUAAUGAUAAAAAGGUCAAGCAGCAAACAUUUGAUUUUUUGCGCGAUAUAUAUAAUGAUCUUGCUUUUAAUUACAAUGCUAGGCAAUACUUUGAGAAAGAAUAUGUCCAAAAAGGUGAGAUCGUUUUCCCAAAAAGACAAAAUGGAUUUUUGAUUGCAACGGAUUAUGCACCAACUAGUAAAAUCCCUUUUAAAGGCUUUGUUCGUAAGACAAAAGAAGCAAUUUCUAUUAAUGAUGAUCCAGAUUUCAACAUACCUUAUUUUCGUCCACCUUCACGUCCUUUACAAACUAGUGAUCCUGGAUAUGACAUUAAACGAAGAUAUAUAGAGACGAAAUUAGCUAAAUACAAGGAACCUAAGGAUCCAAAGACUGGUAAAAUAAAGGAAUCACAUGUCAAGAUAAAUAAGCUUUACAAAGUAGUUGAAGAAUUGGAGAAACGAUCUAGAGAGAUUAACGCUGAGAGGAAAAAGGAAGUACCAAAUAUGAACAAACUAGAUAAGAUGAUUAAGGAAUAUAGAGGAUUGGCGAAUACAUCGAGUUUUCUAAUAAAGGAAGUAGAAAACACGACAAAGCUGCAGAAAAUGAUUCAUGAUGAAUUACUGUUAGGUGAAUUUUCUAUAAAACAAAGACAGAGUAACUUAAUGGGUGAGGCUUAUUAUUUGGAGAAUUGGUAUAAUGAGAGGUUAAAACAAAUGUCGACUCCAACACCAACUCCUACACCUACUCCUACAGUAGCUCCAACACCAACUCCUACACCUACUCCUACAGUAGCUCCAACACCAACUCCCACUCCUGAACCAACAGUUGCUCCAACACCAACUCCUACAGUUGCUCCUACUCCUGAACCAACAGUAGCUCCAACACCAACUCCUACAGUAGCUCCAACGCCAACUCUGACACCAACUGCUCACGCAGGUCCUCCACCAAUGUCGAGUAGUCAUGGUAUAACAUUAAAUAAACCAACACCUACACCAAAAAUAACUCCUGUAUCACAUCCUAGUACAACUAACCCAGUAUCUGAUUCAAAUCAAGCGGAAAGAUCACAGGUUCUUAAAAGAGCUAAUACACCAACUGCUUCGCCUAUUAGAACACCAGAGCCAACUCCAAGAAUCACAAAGGCACCAACACCUUUACCGACUGUUGAACCAACUCCAGAACCUACA